AUGAUACGCCCUGACCCCCAGAAAAAGGACAAAAAGUCCACUCCUAAGUUCGCCAGCUUCAAGCUACCCUCAGCCACUGAUACCGCGGAAUCGUCCGAUCGCCCUCAAAGCAAUUCUGAACGCGAUCAUAAGCCUCGGUCAUCACGACGAUCUGACGGAAACCACCAUGAAAGAGUGUCUGAUCGGCCAUCUCGCUCCAGUCACAGUUCCUCCAACCGACAUCGCUCGCGCCAACAUUCCAGACAUCGUUCUCGAGAACGUUCCCGGUCCCCCAGGGUAACCUCCAGACACCACCGAUCCCGAGAACGCGAUCUGCGUCGUCGAUCAAUCCAGUCCAGUGCAAACAAGGACAGUUUGCUGCUCCCCGAGCCAUCCCAAACAACUCCGAUCAAAUCAACGUGGCCGCAAUGGGCCUCGCAGGUCUCGACAGCAGAGGACUCCUACUCCGACUCCUCGCCCGAAUUCUUCAUUGAUUCCAGAGGAGACCAGGAUGCUCUCGCGUAUGGGACAGGGAACCGCUGGAAGGUCCCAUAUUAUCACCGAUUCGGUGGAGGCUUUGUGCUUGGUCUUGGUCGCACAUACCGAAUUGAUCGUGACCAGUCACAUGGAGAACAUGUAGUCUUGCGCCCAAGUUGGGUUGCAGACUCAUCGACGAGAGACGGAGACAAUCACCUUCUAUCUCAAGCUCGUAGCCUCCCGUUUCCCGAAUAUCGCGUGGGUGGCUCAGCGGCCUCUGGCCUUGAGCUAACUGCGGACUUCGUCAUGAUUGACGGACAGGAUUGGGGUGAGCCUUGUCCCCGCCCAGUUCACAACACUGAUCUUCAGGAAGAAAUCGCCGAUUUUGAACGACUGCUAAUAUCAACUUGGCCCCCAGCUACACGUGAUAUUGAACACCCUACCGAAGGAAUCGAUCUCGACGCCGAAAGAAAAUCUCGGAACGCAACCCUAUGGAAAGCGGUGGAAGAUAACCCCCAAGAUGUCGGUGCAUGGCUUAGGUUUAUUGACUACCAGGAUAUGUCGAUCCUCGGACCGCGAGACGAUUCUUAUUGCCUCACCCACGAUGAAAGGACCAGCCUUGCCGAUGUGAAGUUGUCCUUGUACGAUAAAGCCCUUAAACAGGCCAGCGAAAGCCCUCACAAAGAUCGCCUAUUGCUGGGCAGAUUGCAAAUUGGAGCACAGUUAUGGGAUUCCGAAAAAGUCUCAAACCAGUGGGAAAAGACUCUUCAGGACAACCCCGAGUUCAUUAGUCUAUGGGUCAAAUUCCUCAACUUUUGCCAAACCGACUCCCCGGAUUUCACCUUCGGGCAGUGUAUCGCUACCCAUGAGAAGUACUUGAGACUCGUUUCAUCCCUGAUCCCGCUUCGCCCCAACAUGGUUCAAGUUCUAGUCUACAUAUUCCUCCGUUUCACGAUUCUCUUCAGGGAAGCAGGCUUUAGUGAAAUUGCAGUCGGUCUUUGGCAGGCAGUACUUGAGUUUUGCUGUUUCAAGCCGGAAUUCGACAACACCAAUGAAAUCUUGUCAUCGUUCCGCGAUUUCUGGGAUUCAGAAGUGCCCCGCAUUGGGGAGGAUGGAGCAAAAGGUUGGAGAAACAACACAGCCUCAGACCCAGAUCCUACCACGACGCAGUAUUCGUCCAAUGUCUGCAAUUCCGAUGUGGCCUCUUGGGUAGAGGCAGAACGAGAGCGAAUGACAAAAUCUCAAUUGCCAUGGCGCAGCUUAGAUGGAUCAAUCCCUGAUGCCGACGACCCAAACAAAGUUCCUCUCUUUUGUGACAUUGAGCACAUUCUGCCGUUGUUCAUGAGUUUGACCCAGUCAGAUGAGCUGAUCGAUGCUUUUCUGUACUUUGGUCAGCUGCCACAUUUGACAUUUCCCAGCAAUAUCCAGACCACUAGGGUGUGGGGAUGGGACAACCUCUUACGGACCGAAUUUGUGGCAGAUCACCGCCUUGGGCUCUCCUCGUGGAUGCCGCCUCACGAUGAAAAUCAAAAGCCAGCAAAGCCUUUCCUCUAUCCCCUCCAGAACUUCUUGAACACUACUGACACGUUGUUCGCUUCGCCCAAUCAUUGGUUCUAUUCAUUCCAAUGGUGGGGCAAAUCCCAUUCAAUUCAACCGCCACUCAAGACCCACGAAUGGACGUUGCGCUCUUUGCGGCUUCUGGUGGAUCAACACCCAGAUGACGAGGAAUUAGCAGAAUAUGCUCUAGCGUUGGAGUUUGCAUGCGACCCUGUGAUGGGUAGGAAGAUUGCCAAGAAGACCGUGAAGAAGAGACCAUCGAGCCUGAGACUAUGGAAUGCUUUGGCAAUUAUGGAGUCAAGAAGUGAGGACACAGAGGGCCGAAAGAAAGCGAAUGGAGUUUGGGCGACCGCUCUUUCAAUGAGUCUUGAUUUCACAAAAACUGAGCAAAAAACAGACCGUGCUAUUCUUUGGCAGUCUUGGAUCUGGCAGUUCAUGGAAAGGGGAGAACAGACUCAGGCUUUGUAUCUGUUGCACAACAUAGCCGAGGCCAGGAUUGACCCGGAGCAAAUUCCAAAUGAAGAGACGUUUUUCACCCCUACCUCAACUGUCAAAGUACAGAAGUUUCUGCGUGAAUGCCAGGAACAAGCUUUGAUCGCUAGAAGAGCCCAGGCAUACGUGGCCUACACCGACUGCCUCGCUCUCAUUUACUAUCUCUCGAAUUGGCCGUUCGAGGCUGUCCUGGAUAUCUACGACAGUGCCGUCCUGAAGCUAAAGGGCUUGUCCCCGGACCGAGAGGCCUUCAAGGCAUUCACAGCGGAGCUACUCCAUCAAGCCCGCGCAAGGGUCGUGUACGACUCCCUAUGCCAAAAGGACCAUCACUACACCCCCAUGCAAGUCCGCGAGCUCUUCAGGGAGAGCAUAACCUUAUUCCCCCACAACACGAUCUUCCAAUCGAUCUGCAUGUGGAAUGAGUUCAGCAUCAUCCAAAUCGACCGGCUUCGAGAUCUACACAAAUUUGUCAAGGAGGACAUGGACAGCCAGUAUCAACUGGACGCCUCUCCAGUCAUUCCCCCGCAACGUGUCCCGAUCUCAAGCUACCUCCUUCCGAUCUGGAUCCAGCUCGCUAGCCCACGAUCCACCGGCCCCUCAUACUGGAUCGUACGUCCAGUAUUUGAGAAGGCGCUAGGCGAGGUCCUUGACCCUGCGGAAUUCCGCACAGGCGGAGUAGCUGUACGGAGCCGCUUUGGCGUGGAUAGCGCCAGAUCAAACCUCACGAUCUGGAAGCUGUAUAUGCUCUACGAACGUUACCACGCCAAGGACCUCGACGCUGCCAAGGCCGUUUUUUACCGCGCUAUACGGGCUUGUCCAUGGUCGAAGGAGCUGGUCAUGUUUGCCUUCGAGCACCUUCGCGACGGCAUGCCUGUCUCGCCUGGGGAGGUCACCCUGAAAGGCGACGGUCUGAAUGCUGACGAGCUGCGCCGGUUAGUCCUUGUGCUUGGUGAGAGGCAGCUUCGGCUGCAUCUCGAUAUCCGGGCCGAUAUCAUCCGGGCAGCUGACGAAAGUCAUGCCAGCUAG